AUGGAUUGGCUGGCUCUCGCCAGCUGCACCACGGUCAUGAUCCUUCUCUUCCUGCCGUUGAGCGCUUCCCAACACCGGCUUGUCCCCGGCAGGGCGCUGUCCCCUGGUAACACCAUCGUCUCCGAUGAUGGUGGAUUCGCCUUGGGCUUCUUCAACCCCUCCAAUUCUUCUCCGGCCAGCUUGUACCUAGGCGUAUGCCGUGUCGUUUGGACAACAGCCAACCUGACCAAUGGUCUGGUCUCAUCUACCCCGACGGCGGUGCUUCUAAACACCGGUAACUUCGUCAUCCGAUCGUCAAAUGGCACCAUGCUAUGGCAGAGCUUCGACCACCGCACAGACACCUUCCUUCCCAGCAUGAAGCUCGGCAUAAACUACAGGACGCAUACCACCACCAAGCGGCUGGUAUCAUGGAAAGGCCCCAGCGACCCCUCGCAGGGGCGCUUCUCCUAUGGCAGCGACACAAACAGGUCGCUCCAAGUAUUCCUGUGGGACGGCGAGCACCCGGUAUCUCGUGCCGCUCCCUGGACAGGGUAUCUAGCCCAACAACAACUAAUUGGGGACACAAAUAUCAGCGAUCAUAUCAUCUACCUAGCCUAUGUCAACAAUGAGGAUGAGGCAUACGUCACUUAUAGUCUCUCCGACGGCGCCCCGCGCACCAGGUUUGUGCUAACCUACUAUGGCGAGUUUCAGAUCCAAAGCUGGAGCAGUAGGUCAUCAGCAUGGGUUGUCAUUUGGAAGUUUCCAACUGUUGAAUGCAACCGUUACAGUUACUGUGGCCCCAAUGGCUACUGCGACAAGACGGUCACGACACCCACCAUGCCAACAUGCAAGUGCCUAGAUGGCUUUGAGCCAAGUAGCACGGAGGAGUGGACCAGCGGCAGAUUCUCGGCGGGGUGCCAACGGAAGGAGGCACUGCAAGGGUGGAGUGACGGCUUCGUGCCCUUGCCGGGGAUGAAGUCACCUGACAGGUUUUUGUUUAUUGGUGGAGGUAGGAGUAAGUAUGAGGAGUAUGCGGCAGAGUGUAGCCGCAAUUGCUCCUGUAUGGCAUACGCGUUCGCCAACCUGAGCAGCAGCAUGUUUGGAGAACACUGUAGGGUUUCGUAG